CAUGCACCUUCCACUUUUGAAUUGACGCGUCUGUACUUAAUCAACCUCAUUUGACCCAUCCGCUGGAAUUUUACCACGUUUCCUUUCUCCAUACCGAAUAAGAUCCGAAGUCAUUCAAUUCAUUGAUACCAUGUCUCCAGGACGGGAACUCGUCUCUGAUCGGACAUGGUCAGCCUUUACCUACGCAAAGCUCCCUGAUGAGCCGUCGAGCUAUACAACACGCAUGAUACGCCUCCUGCCGAGUGAGGAUCCAAAUGCUCGCUUAGAAUGCGAAAUUAUCGACUACGACUUAGCAGUAGACACGGGCAGCGGAGAUUUACAUCUCUAUGAGGCGCUUUCCUACGUAUGGGGAAGUGAUAAAAGAUCGCGAAAGAUUACACUGAACGGUUGUGUCUUCUCCGUAACAGAGAAUCUUUAUGUUGCGCUGUUACAUCUUCGCAAUCGCCAACUUGAGCGAUUACUGUGGGUUGAUGCCAUAUGCAUCGAUCAGGAUAAUUGGGAUGAGAAAGCCAAACAAAUUCCACUGAUGCGGACGAUUUACGCACAGGCUCAGGAUGUCAUAGUUUGGCUUGGAGAGGCUUAUGAAGAUGGUGACAAAGCGCUUAAUUGGAUACGCUGUAUUGAUGAAGAAAAGGAUAUAAGUAUUGGGGAAUAUCAAGAGGCAUGCUUGAAGCUGCUGCAAAGAGCUUGGUUUCGCCGUAUUUGGGUGCUCCAGGAGGUUGGUGUUGCACAGUUUAUCUACGUCAUGUGUGGCUCUGUCCAGAUAAAAGGGCAUGUCUUCUGUGAAGGCCUGAGGAAAUCAGGGCUCUCAUCGAGAUUUCAGGCAUUGGUUGGCCCAGUUGCUUUCCUUAUCAGAAGUGCGCUUGAUCGACCAAAAUAUGAGCCUAAUUCACGAGGAAGCCUCACUAUUGGGGAACUCCUUGGAAUGUAUUGCAGCCAUGAUGCUACCGAGCAGCACGACAAAGUAUAUGCCCUUCUAGGCCUGAGUGCUGAUCCGAUCACGGAUGCUUUAACACCAAAUUUAUGGCCUUCCCUGGGAUAUGAAUGCUCUGUGGAGACUUGGCAUGGGAUAGAUACAGCUGUCAUCAAAGGUAAAGCAUGGAUCAUAGGCCAUCUUUAUUCUGUGCACUGGAACCAUACAGCGCAGUGGCUUGGUAAUAGACGUGACUGGAAAACUGAAUGGCAAUUGCAAGCUUCUGCACGGCUCGUCCAAGACGGUGACAUUCUUUGUCUUCUACAAGGGGCCUCUAAGCCUAGUAUUAUUAGGCUUUGCAGGGACCAUUUUACCAUAGUGAUGCCUGCGGUCACACCUCGGAAAAGGCGUCAUGGAGAGAUGUUGGAACAAACCGUCCAUGGAAGGCGUUUCAUGAACAGUCUUAUUGAUAUUUUGCUGACUUGGAGGGUGCCUCUAGCUGAUCAUUAUAAGGUCGACUUAGACGCUGAAUCAAAGCUCAAUUAUAUGGCACCAGACUACAAAGAAGAGCAGUCAGAGGUGGACAAAAGACGGAACCUUAUCAUGUGGGUCAUAGUCGAUACUGCUCUGGAUGCAUUGGCAAUGGCGAACUUGGGAAAGAAAACUCUAGAGCAUCUACUUUGCCAAAGUGGCACAACACGUAUAUUUGCCCGAAGCCUGACAGCAGCAGCACCAAAGGAUUCUGCCAGUUGGUUUUUCCAGUCUUUCUUCCAUAACUGGGAGGGUGAUUUCUCAUCCACCGAUGAUAUCGUCGAAGCAGUGGCGGAGGAUGAUGGGUCGUGUGGUUAUAUACUUAUGGAGCUCCUUCUACAACACCAGGGAGAGGACCUCACGAUUACCAAAGCAGUGCCUAUGGCAGCGGCGAAGAAUAUUGGAAAAUACGCCCAUAAGAUUACGGAGGUUCUCUUCCAACACCGUGAAAAUGAUUUUCCAGUCACUAAGGAAGUGGUUGAGGCAGCAGCGGGAAAUACUAGCCAAUAUGGACAUAUAAUUACGCGUAUUCUCUUUCAACAGCGAAAGGAGAAUAUUCUAUUUUCCGAAGAAGUGGUCAAGGCAGCAGCGGCAAAUGCCAGACAUCAGACCAUGGAGCUCCUCAUUCAAUACCGGGGCGGGGGUCUUCCGAUUUCCGAAGAAGUGGUAAAGACGGCAGCAGAGAAUACCGAGUUAUCUGGAAGUAUGAUACUGGAAUUUCUCUUCAUGUGCAAGCGCGACAUACUUCUAGUCUCUGAAGAAGUGGUCAAGACUGCAGCCAGAAACCCUGCGAAUGGACUUAGGUUCAUGGAAAUUCUCUUCAAGCGCCGAGGGGAGAACUUGCCUGUCACCGAGGAAGUCAUCAAAGCAGCAGCAGAGAAUGAAACCUGUGGAACUGAAAUUUUAUCUGUUCUCUUUCGACACCGACGUGGAUCCCUUCCAAUCUCCAAGAAUGUGGUCAUAACUGCAGCAAAGAAUACUGAAUCUUUCGUGAGGUGCCUCCUUCGUCACCGAGGAAAGAGACUUCCAGUUUCUGAGGAAGCUGUAAAGACAGCAGCAGCUAAUACCAAAGCCGGAGAUGCUAUUAUUGACUGCUUCCUCGAACUUUUUGAGAAGAACCUUCCGGUCUCCGAAGGAGCAGUCAGGGCGGCAGCAGCAAAUACCGAGUUGGGGGAUGUCAUCAUGAAAAGUCUUUUUAGACAUCGAGGAAGGAUGCUUCCGGUCUCCGACGGAGUAGUCCAAACAGCGAGCAGGAAUGAUGGAUGUGGUAUUCAAAUCAUGAACAUAAUUCGUGCGCACCUACCAUCAGUGCCAAUAAGAGAAGAAUAA